AUGUACCUGGUCACUGUGCUGGGGAACCUGCUCAUCAUAUUAGCCGUCACCUCUGACCCCCACCUCCACACCCCCAUGUACUUCUUCCUCUCCAACCUGUCCUCGGUUGACAUAGGUUUCAUCUCCACCACAGUCCCCAAGAUGAUUAUGAUUGCGAACAUCCAGACUCACAGCAGAGUCAUCUCCUAUGCAGGCUGCCUGACACAGAUGUCUGUUUUUAUCCUUUUUGGAUGUAUGGAUUGUCUGCUUCUGUCUGUGAUGGCCUAUGACAGGUUUGUGGCCAUCUGUCACCCACUACACUACACGGUUAUCAUGAACCCUCGCCUCUGCUGCUCCUUAGUUUUGGUGUCUUUUUUUCUUAGCCUUUUGGACUCCCAGGUGCACAAUCUGAUUGUGCUACAACUUACCUACUUUGAGAAUGUUGACAUUUCUAAUUUCUUCUGUGAGCCUUCUCAGCUCCUCAAGCUUGCCUGUUCUGAUCCUUUCACCAAUAACAUAGUCACAUAUUUUGAUGGUGCCAUUUUUGCUUUUCUACCUUUCUUGGGAAUCUUUUUCUCUUACUACAAAAUUCUUUCCUCCAUUCUGAGAAUCACAUCAGGUAGGAGGUAUAAAGCCUUCUCCACCUGUGGUUCUCAUCUGGCAGUUGUUUGUUUAUUUUAUGGAACCGGCCUUGGUGUGUACCUCAACUCAACCAUCUCAGAAUCUCCCAGGAAGGGUGCAGUGGCCUCAGUGAUGUAUACUGUGGUCACCCCCAUGCUGAACCCCUUCAUCUACAGUCUGAGGAACAGACACAUCAAAAGGACCAUGUGGAGGUUUUCCAGCAAAAUGUUCUAG